UCUUCUUCUUCUUUUAUAGCAAAAAUGGGAGGUGGUGGUAAUAUGUCUGCUCCAACAACUAAAACCAACCAAAAGAAAAAUCCUCUCCCAAGAGCGCCAAUUUCAAAGCCCCCUUUUACACUUAGUGACAUCAAGAAAGCCAUCCCUCCUCAUUGCUUUGAGCGAUCUCUUAUUCGCUCAUGCUACUAUCUUGUGCAUGAUCUCAUAUUAAUCUACAUCUUCUAUUACAUCGCCGCCACUUACCUCCAUGUCCUUCCAUCUCCAUACUCUUACCUAGCAUGGUUCGCUUAUUGGAUCGUUCAAGGUUGUGUUUCCACAGGUAUAUGGGUCAAUGCCCAUGAAUGUGGUCACCAGGCGUUUAGUCAUUACCCGUGGAUAAAUGACACCGUUGGUUUUAUCCUCCACUCAGCACUUUUAACACCAUACUUUUCAUGGAAAUAUAGUCAUCGUCGUCACCACUCCAAUACUGCUUCCCUUGAGAACGAUGAAAACUAUGUGCCCAAAACCAAAUCCCAACUAAAAUGGUUCACCAAAGCAUACGCUAAUAAUCCAAUAGGAAGAUUAUUCAUACUUGUAUUUACCCUUACCGUUGGCUUACCUUUAUACUAUGCCAUAAAUGUGGCAGGAAGACCUUAUGAUCGAUUUGCAAGCCACUAUAAUCCAUAUAGCCCUAUAUAUAAUGAUCGUGAAAGGCUACAAAUUUACAUUUCUGAUGUAGGUGUAAUUGCAACUAGUUAUGUAUUGUAUCGCGUUGCAUGCACACAAGGGCUAACUUGGCUUGUAUGCAUCUAUGGGGUACCCCUCCUAAUUGUGAACGGAUUCAUAGUGUUGAUCACAUUUUUGCACCAUACACACUCUUCAUUGCCACAUUACGAUUCACACGAGUGGAAUUGGCUACGAGGAGCUCUAGCUACGGUAGAUAGAGACUAUGGUGUGUUAAAUUACUUCUUCCACAACAUUGCGGAUACUCAUGUUAUGCAUCAUCUAUUCUCAUCGAUUCCACAUUACCAUGCAAUAGAGGCAACAAAAGCUAUCAAGCCAGUAUUAGGAGAAUACUACCAAUAUGAUGGUACCCCAAUUUAUAAGGCAAUGUGGAGGGACUUCAAGGAGUGCAUCUAUGUUGAGAAAGAUAAAGAAUCUCAAGAAAAAGGUGUUUAUUGGUACAAAAACAGUAUUUGAAAAUUUAUUUACAUGGAAUAGUUAAACA